AUGAGGUAUAACUUCCUGGUUCUGGAGAUAUUUGAGCUGUCUGAUAGUCUCAGCAGCUCUCAGACGGCAGCGUGGGCGUCAUUUAAUCUCCUUCUUGUCCUGCUCUGUUCCUGCAGACUUCCUGCCCACUCGCUCGCUCUCCAUUCAGCCCUCUCACUGAUCAUUAACCUCCCAUCUUGUCGUACGCCCACGCCGCUGGUCCUGGGCGACGACGUGACGACGAACCACGUGACCCGAGCCGGAGGAAAUGGCGCUUAUUCUGCGCCAAAAUCAGGAUAUCACCAUCACCACCACCAUCAUCAUCAUCACCCUCAUCUCCAUCACAACCAUCCUUCUGUGGAGCAGCAUCAGGGUUUCCCGGUGACCUCCAGCACCUUCCACGCGGGCCCUACCGGCUCCCAAACCACCGUUAACGGGACCCGUAGUGACAGCAGCAGCUAUCGGGAGUCCCGGGGUUACGGGGCCCCGGUCUGCACCACAAACACAGAGUUUGUCCCCACGACAGGCCCUCCCAGUGCCGUGAAUCCACAGUACUUCAUGGAGGAGUCUUUGCCCCCCACCUUCUAUAAUCAAUCACCCUUCUCCUCCGCUCGGCCCCCGCUGUCGCCCAGCUACGGGAGCCUGGCCGGGGCCUACUGCGGGCCUCAGGGGCCCCAGUACCCACAGCAACAGCAGCAGCAGCUUGGAGCGGCUGGAUACCUGGGUCCUCCGCAGGGAGGGGGGUACGGGAUGCCGGGGACCCAGGACAGGGAGAGAGCCGAGGAGGAGAACCAGCCCGGACCGGGCCAGACCUUCGACUGGAUGAAGGUGAAGAGGAACCCCCCGAAAACAGUUAAAGUGUCAGACUUCGGCCUCGCUCACAACAACGUCAUCCGCACCAACUUCAGCACGCGGCAGUUGACGGAGCUCGAGAAGGAGUUCCACUUCAGUAAGUACCUGACGCGGGCGCGGCGCGUGGAGAUCGCCGCCACGCUCGAGCUCAACGAAACCCAGGUGAAGAUCUGGUUCCAGAACAGACGCAUGAAGCAGAAAAAGCGCGAGCGGGAGGGCACCUCCUCCUCCUCCGCCGGCGCGCGCUCCUCUUCCUCCUCCUCCUCCUCCUCGUCGUCUGGUACCGUCGGUGGCUUCAAUAAGGAGCACGAGGACACCAACUCCGACCACUCCUCCGCGUCCACGUCUCCAGGCGCGUCCCCGAGCUCGGACUAAGACAGAGAACAGAUGAAGU